UUUUGUCUGCAUUGGAUCCAACCCAAUGAAAAUCUUCACUUUUUGCAUGUCACUGGCCACCGUUUUGGUCAUGGCAGUGAGUGAGACUCCUAUACCCACCACUCUUGAUGGCCCAUUUGACCCGGUGACUCGCCGGUUCGACUCAUCACUUCGACGAGGCAGUGAUGACUUGCCCAUGACUCAUCCAAGGCUCAGAAAGAAUGUUACUUCAAAUUUCCCUGAACAGAUUGCUCUUGCAAUUUCUUCACCAACCUCUAUGUGGGUUUCUUGGGUUACUGGGGAUGCACAGAUUGGUCUCAAUGUUACCCCAGUUGAUCCUGCAUCUGUUGGAAGUGAGGUGUGGUAUGGGAAAGAGAGUGGCAAGUAUCCAAGUGUUGGGAAAGGUGAUUCAGUUGUUUACAGUCAGUUGUAUCCCUUUGAAGGCCUCUGGAAUUACACCUCGGGUAUUAUUCACCAUGUGAGACUCCAAGGUCUUGAACCUGGAACCAGAUAUUAUUACAAAUGUGGGGAUAGUUCUCUUCCAGCCAUGAGCCAAGAAUAUUAUUUUGAGACUUUUCCAACACCUAGUCCAAAUAAUUAUCCUGGUCGAAUAGCAGUUAUUGGAGAUUUGGGCCUCACAAGCAAUACUACAACAACUAUUGAUCAUCUUAUUAAUAAUGAUCCUUCAAUGAUUUUAAUGGUUGGAGAUUUAACAUAUGCAAAUCAGUAUCUUACGACUGGUGGAAAGGGAGCUUCAUGUUUUUCAUGUGCAUUUCCGGAUGCACCUAUCAGAGAGACAUUUCAACCCCGAUGGGAUGGGUGGGGAAGGUUUAUGGAGCCUUUGACCUCAGAAGUUCCCAUGAUGGUUAUUGAAGGGAAUCAUGAGAUUGAACCUCAAGCUGGUGGAAUCACGUUCAAAUCAUACUUGACUAGAUUCGCAGUUCCUGCUGAAGAAAGUGGCUCUAAAAGUAACUUCUACUACUCUUUUGAUGCUGGGGGCAUACACUUUAUAAUGUUGGGAGCGUAUGUUGAUUACAAUAGUACUGGUGCACAGUUUGCAUGGCUGAAACGAGAUCUGCAAAAUAUGAGCCGUAGUGUUACCCCUUGGUUAGUAGCUGCAUGGCAUUCUCCUUGGUAUAACAGCUAUGCUUCACACUACCAAGAGUUUGAGUGUAUGAGAUUGGAAAUGGAAGCACUUCUCUAUCAAUACAGGGUUGACAUUGUUUUUAAUGGUCAUGUUCAUGCUUAUGAGCGGAUGAAUAGAAUAUACAAUUACACGUUGGAUCCUUGUGGACCUGUUUACAUAACUGUUGGAGAUGGUGGAAAUAUUGAGGAAGUAGAUGUUGAUCAUGCAGAUGACCCUGGAAAGUGUCCUUCAGCUGGAGAUAACAUACCAGAAUUUGGAGGAGUUUGCCAUUCAAAUUUUUCCUUUGGUCCUGCCAAAGGCAACUUUUGUUGGAACAAACAACCUGAGUGGAGUGCAUUUAGAGAAAGCAGUUUUGGACAUGGGAUACUUGAGGUUGUGAAUGCUACAUAUGCAUUAUGGACAUGGCACCGAAAUCAAGAUAUGUAUAAAGACAAUGCUGUUGGUGACCAAAUAUACAUUGUCCGGCAGCCUAAAUUGUGCUUGAAAGAUUUAAAUGUACAGCCCCCUCAGCAAUCACCUCCACCCCAUUCAUCCCCUCCCUCUGCUGCUCCCAACAGCCUCUGUCAGGUAAGCUCCAUUAUGUUUGCUUCAUCACUCUAA